AGAUUAGUCAUCAAUCUCCCUCUCUCUCUCUCUCUCUCUCUCUCUCUCCGGUGCAAAGCAUUCCAGAGACCUCAACGCUGAAGAAAUUUCCGACGAAGAACGCCAGAAGGAUCACAAGGAUUCGCUUCAGGUCGAGUUCUGCGCAGUUUCCAUUUCGGUGAUGACAACGAUUGAGACGAGGAGGGAAGACCCACCAAAGAAUAAGAGUGGCAUGGCGGUUGAGAGCUCAGGUGCUUCGUUCAAGAGAUGGGGUAGGAAGUAUCCCUUCAUCAGAUAUGGCCUCCCCAUGAUUUCUCUCACUGUUCUUGGCUCUGUUGGACUUGCCCAUCUCUUGCAAGGCAGCAAGGAUAUUGCAAAAGUGAAAGACGACAAUGAGUGGGAGAUCAUCGAGGAAAGAAAAGCUCUGUCACGAACAGGACCAAUAGAAGCAUACAAGCCUAAAAAGAUCUCAUUAGAGGAGGAGCUGAAGGCUUUCCAAGAGAAGGUCAACAUCAACGAUUAUGAAUACAGGAAACUUCCUCGACCAAAUGAUGGCAAGUCUGGCCAGCGGUGAUUUAAAGAAAACACGGGGAGGACCUAAGUUAGGAUAGUUUUUUGUUUAUCUGGCUUUUUGGGUUGGCAUAUCCGCCGAUUUAUAGGCUUUGUGAGAGAAGGCUGUCAUAACAAGUAUCGUGCACAAGGGAAAUUUUCAUCUGACCUUCGGCAUAGUCAAGCUAGCUGUGGCCUUCAAAGGCAAAUGGCUUGUGACAGUUCAAAGGAUGUAGCAGCUGCUGAAACAUUCCCUCUUUGGCCUUUCACUCUCCUUUUGGAAUUUUUGCCCACAAACUUAUAUUAGUCACAUGGCUGAUAAACCAUAUGCAAAAUGUUUUGGAUGGAAUAAGUUUGCGCAUAGUAAUCUCUAGUGUAAUUUGU